UCACUAAUGUUGUAGCUGGUAAAAUUUUUAUUUUUAUAAUACAUUAUAAUUUAUUAGUUGAUUGUUGUUGAAUAUUAGUUAUAUUUUGUAUUAGUCUGAAAAAGUAAAAGGUAAUCAGUGUAACUAUAGCUGCCAAAUAAAUGUAGUGGAGUAAGUAGAAAGAAACAUAAAAUGGAAAUACUCAAAAGUGUAUUUAAGUACAAUACUUGAGUAAAUGUCCCCGUCACAAUUAUUGCUUCGCUUUCAGCAGAGUGCGUUGUCUUUUGGGCCUCCUGCUUGCCAUACAAAAACAAAUAUGGCGUCUUCUGUGGAUGUUCACGUCCGAAUUUGUGGACAAGAAAUUAUUAAAUAUGACCUAGAAAUUAAGGCUCUCAUUCAGGACAUCAGGGAUUGCCCUGGACCUCAGUCAACUCUCAUGGAGCUCAACUCUCAGGUCAAAGAGAAGUUCAACAAGCUCAGACUCCGAAUACAGGAUCUGGAGCAGAUGGCCAGAGAGCAGGACAGAGAGUCGGAUGGACUGGCCAUCCAGGCAGAGACGGAGAGCCAGCGAAGGCAAAUGCAGAGUAACCAGACAGCGUGGAGGAAAGCUAACCUGGCUUGCAAACUUGCCAUAGACAACACAGAGAAGGACGAGCUGCUGCAUGGCGGAGAAAACCAGAGCACCAGACAGAGGAAGGCGACCAAAGAAAGCCUAGUGGAAACCAGUAGCAACAUCACGGAGAGUCUGAUGUCUAUCAGCAGGAUGAUGUCUGAACAGGUGAAGCAGACCGAGGACACCAUCGGCACGCUGGCCACCUCCUCCAGGACGGUGCAGGAAACCAACGAGGAGUUUAAAAACAUGACAGGAACCAUCCACCUGGGGAGAAAACUGAUUCUCAAGUACAACCGGCGUGAGCUGACAGACAAGCUGCUCAUCUUCCUGGCUCUGGCCCUCUUCUUCGCGACCGUCCUCUACAUCCUUAAGAAACGUCUCUUCCCCUUCAUUUAGCCGGUCGGCUGCUAGUACACUGUUGUUCGUUAAAGUGGCACGCACCCAGCCUCCAGGAGGAAUGUUUUCCAGUUAUUGUACACUGCAGAAAGUUACCACAUGGAGUUUUAGCAGGUAUAGAGUGGAAGCAUGGACUACAUGGAGACUGAGACUGGACUGCCGCACAUAGAGGCAGUGUCAAGUGAAAAGGUUUAGCACUCUCCUUUUUAGCUUGAACAAUAUGCAAUAUGUGGGUUUAUAAAAAUGGGUAUGAAGGAACAUCAACUUAAUCCUCCCAAGUCAAGUAAAAAAAGAAACUGGCAUUAUGACAUUUAAUGCAACAACAGCGAUAGGUUUAAAGCCUCAGCAUGCUUCAAACAAACUUGUUGUUCAACCGUGUCUAAAGGCAAACAUUUUUAUACUUUUUGCAAAUUGCCAGACUCGAAGCCAAGGCGAUAAGCCUGCUGUCAUAACCUCCUCCAGGCUGCUACACGCCACCUCCCUGAUCUCUGUCUAAAAACAAUGUGUCUUUUGAGCCACUGCGUAGUCUCAAUGCGUACAAAUUAGGAUAAGGAUGCACACAUUUUCAGAUAGUCUCUCCGCGAAGGCAUUCGUGGUCCUGCAUGAAAAGUGACAGCGGAAGAAGAGAGCUUUGAGAGAGGUUUAAAUCCUGCCUACUUUCACACCUCUGCACACCUGAAACGACGCUGCAUGAAGUGGGCACAACUGUUUUAGAAAAGCACUUUGAAGCAUACUGAGGCCUUAAUACUUCAUCUGACAUUCAGAAGUAACCAGGGUCAAGGCCGUAGGAUGCAGCAACCCUCCUUUUGUUUGCUUUUGUCAAAUUACAAUCUGUUUGUGUGUGUGUUCAACAUAAAAAGUAUGUAUGUUGGUCUUCUUUGGACGGCUAUUCCAAAGACGCUGUUGUUACAUUUAUUGACAAAUUUAUCUUGUGACUUUCUUCUGUCCAGUCAGACGUCCAGACUACUGAACCAGAUUACUUACUGAUCCUGUGAAAGGGCCAUGUUCAGUCAGAGACUGUGUGAAUGUUGAAUAGAAGGUCUGUUUGUUGGAUUAAAGUUGAAUAUUUGCAACAUAUUGAGGGAUACGUUGUUGUGCAGCAUUGCCACAGAUGUGCCAGCAGAUGGCAGGAUACCAAACAUUUAUUACCAUCAGACUGUGUUCACACUGAAUUUGUGUGAACUAAUUUAAUUAACACACUGCUCUCUGUCCAGUGACAUCAUCGUGAUUAUUUAAUUUAAAUCAAAAUGCUUACAAAUGUAUUUUCAGAUUCACUUAAAUAAAAACUUACAAAAAAUA